AUGACAAGCUUCACCACCUUCGUGUACGUCUACCUGCUCGGCGGGCUCACGUUCCCGCUCCUCGUAGCCUACGUUCUCUUCAAGGCCGCGCCCGACGCGCAGAAAAGGGCGUCGCAAGCGCCCGAGCUGCUGGUUCCGGGCCUGCAGCGCGACUUCAAAGCCGGCGACUUCGAGGAGGCCAAGGGCGUCGAGGUCGUCAAGAAGGGAUGGGUCACCGUCACGACAAAGUACUACUACCACUCGAGCGAACUGGUGCAGCUGGCGCAGCAGCAGGUGCCCGUGGAAAACUUGCCCUCGCGGGUCAAGCUGAAGCGCAAGCACAACUUCUACGCGGUACUGAAGCACGGCAACCUGUUCCUCUACCGAGACGACGCGCCUGACGCCGGUGUCGCGCACGUCAUAGUCCUGAAGGACAGCUUUGUGUCGCUGUGGCCCCGCAACCCGCGCGACGAGGCCCUCGACGGCUCGCUCUUCACCAAGAAAAUGUGCAUCGCCAUCCUGAAAAAUGGCUCCGCGUCCAUUGACCAGCAGGGCAACCUCGACAUCGCCCUACACCAGACGGACUUCAAGCACUUCGACCACUUUUUCGUGUACGUGACAAACAACACCGAGAAAGAAGACUGGUAUUUCGCGCUCAUCAAUGCGUCAAAGGUGGGCCUCCCCAAGCCCGGAGAGUCCCUCGAGAGCAGCAAGCUGAACCCCAACGUGUCCGCCAAGACCGCCCACUUCCGCACCCGAGACAUGCUCUAUCUGAUUCAAAACCUGAACUCCAACGAAGGGCAGCUCUCGACAAAGUGGCUGAACGCGCUUCUGGGUAGGCUGUUUCUCGGCUUGCAGCAGACCGAGACCUUGUCUUUGUUCCUCCGCGAGCGCUUGUACAAGAAAUUGACCAAGAUCAACAAGCCCGGAUUUCUCGAUGAUUUCGUUAUCGAGAGGGUUGAUGUGGGCAACGCGGCCCCAGUCAUCACGCACCCCGAGCUGCGAGAACUCACCCCCACUGGCCUCAUGAAAAUCGCGUUCCAGUUUUUCUACAAAGGCGGCAUGUCUCUCAUCAUAUCUACAAAGGCUAACAUCAACCUGGGGUCACGUUUCAAGACUCGCGAGGUUGCCCUGGAACUUGCUGUGACAGUGAAAGAAAUUGCGGGGCCUAUGGUUGUCAUGAUAAAGCCUCCGCCUUCGAAUAGAGUCUGGUAUAGCUUCGAAACUGAGCCGCUGAUUGACCUCGACGUUGAGCCCGUCGUGAGCACCAAACAGCUCUCCUACAACAUGGUUACGAACGCCAUUAAAAGCAAAUUUAGAGAAGCUAUAAAAGAAUCACUUGUAAUGCCUUUCAUGGACGAUAUGACCUUUUACAAUACGAGGGAUGAACUCUUCAGAGGCGGUAUUUGGGAGCAAGGUAACGAAUCCGCAGAAGACGGCAUUACUGUAAAGGAGGACCUCAAAUCACUCGAUCAAGAAGAAGAUGACCUGGACGCAAAACCCGAAGCUACCGGACCACAUGAAGAGUUAGCCGACAGCCCAACAGAUGCCCGUUCUGCGGUUUCAGACGAUGCAAUGCCCGACAGAGAUUCACUGAGCAAUAAAAAAGACGAAGACUCCGCGUCAAUAUCUGUCACGCAAAAAACACUGCAAAAAGUCGGGACCUUCAAGUCGUUGCUAAAGCGCUCGGACUCGACGUCUUCUAGUAACGAGUCUGAUUGUUUUGAGGAUGAGAAAAGCAAAAAGAGCAUUGCGGAGAGUCGCCCAUCUAUCGAUACAGAAGACUCAAAAAUAUCUAAAAAGUACCUGAAUGCUGGUUUUAAAAAGUUUGGUAAAUGGUACAAGGACACAGUUGCCAGCUCCUCAUCGAUUGCCGAAGGCUCGGAUAAUGCAUCCGUCCACCCUCAGAAUGCUCCUGAGAUGAUAUCUAAUCGAAGAGCGCUUCCAAAGACGAAGGAGAGAGAUCUCCCGAAGGUGCCUCCGGAAAACAUCAGAAGGUCCUCCAACGCAGCUGAGAUGUUUGCGAAAAAUAAGCCGAGAUCAGGUUCCGUUAAUUCAUCUGCAGGGACUUCCACCAAUCCCCGCUACCGACUCGGGACUUCCCCUCCUCACUCUCCAAGCCUGGUAAACAGCUGGGCGAGCCAUCAUAGCGAUGAAGAGCCCCUCGAAAAAAGUUUCUCUGAGACAGUGAACUCAGAUAAGUUCCAGGCUUCUGAUGUGCCAGAAAAAUUGCAUACUAAAGAGCAGUAUAACGAGGUAGCAGUUACAACACAAGCCAUCGGUAAUGUUGGAGAUCAACCACAAAGGGUUGAUGCAGAGCCCCCGCGCGUCAAUCUUCAUGAGCUCAGCAGAAGAAGGCCUGUUCCUCCUACCCCUAUAAGCAUUGAGAAGCCGGCUGAUGAAAAGGAACAACCAAGUCUACCUGAUCCUCCGUCAUCUUCUCACCACCAAACCGAAACUACGUAA